AUGGAUGCAGGAAUUCAGAGUCAUCCCAAUUCUGAGAUGUUGGCCCAAAUAGGUAAUGGUGCAUACGGCACUGUUUACCGUGCACGUUCAGCGAGUGGGCAAAUUGUGGCUGUAAAGAAAGUCCGUGUGAACCUUUCUGCUGAUGGUAUACUUUUGUCUACACUUCGGAAAGUUCUUCUUUUGAAGGAAUUGACUCAGUGUGAACAUCUGAAUAUAGUGAAACUACUGGAUGUCUGCACGGGUAACAGAACAGAAACCGAUCUGUAUCUGUUUUUAGUGUUAGAACAUUUGGAGCAGGAUUUGUCUAAUUACAUUGAAAAGUGUCCCCAGUCUGGCAUGGGAGCAAGCUUGGUGAGAGACAUUAUGUUCCAGACUCUGAUGAGUGGUGUUGAUUUUCUCCAUAGUAAGCGUGUAAUUCAUCGAGAUCUGAAACCUCAGAACAUCCUGAUUUCUUCUUCAGGAACAGUGAAGUUAGCAGACUUUGGGCUGGCUAAGACUUACGACUUUGAAAUGCUACUUACUUCUGUUGUUGUAACCAUAUGGUAUCGUGCUCCAGAGGUUCUUCUCAACUCAACAUAUGCUACACCAGUUGAUACAUGGUCCUGUGGUUGUAUUAUGGGUGAAUUGUUUCUCCUGCGUCCUAUAUUUUAUGGAACAUCAGAAGUUGAUCAACUGGACAAGAUAUUCAGCAUCUUAGGAAUACCGCCUGAAACAAGUUGGCCAGAGCAGACAACAUUACCUUGGUCUCUUUUCAAAAACUACACAGCUGCUGACCUGGAAGGGAUGAUGCCUGAUUGCUCCCCAGAUGGUCUGAAUCUUUUGCAGAAUUUGUUGAUGUUUGAUCCUUGUCAGAGAAUCAGUGCUGCAAAAGCCUUAGCUCAUCCUUAUUUCAAGGAGCAUGGAUACAUUGCAUGCUAUCUUAACUGUAUAUUUACUAGGAUUCUCAGAAGAAAGAGGAAUGUGCACAAGUACUUUGAGUUGACAAAAGAUUGCAAUAAAAUAAACAGUGUUGCUCACUCUAUCACACUGCAUUACUGA